CUUCGCUCUCGUCUCACUCCAACUUCCAAGUCCGAGUCGGAAUCCUUAAUGUUACGAAUACGAAUUAAAUCUUAUAGAGUAGAGAGAACGUCGCCGCCGCCAAGUUGAGCUGUCAGUGUCGAGUUUAUUAAAUUGCACGCUGUGACGAGUGCGCGUACACGUUCGUCCUGUUAACCUAUUGCGCUGCUACGCGGUACCGUAUGCGCGCUAAAUUCGAAAUUUCACCAUUCGCUGGCGAGGGUCGAGUUCGAUAACCGAUUCAAAGUGACAAGUUUUCAGCAAAUUAUCGAUUCAGCUAAAACCAAGUUGUUAUGUCGUCCAGGUACCAUACGUCGACGGUGACAUCGAAUUAUAACACAAAUAGCGAUAAUAGACUAGAUGAAUUAUUGGAAGAUUUACAAAGCACCGUAGCCACAAGGCCUAUGGUAAAUGGUACAACGUCGUCAUCGUCGUCGUAUCGAGAUGGAUCCACCGGAUACAGAGAAACCUUCAAAUCGGUCCAAACACAAAGUACAGGAAAACCUGCAGAGUCUUCUAGGGAAUAUCAAUUCGAAUAUUUGAAUCCGUCGAAUAACACGUGUGUUGUACCAGAACGUCCGAAAAGUCCGUUCUACGAUAAAGAAAACAUUGAUUCCAUUCCAGGGAAAAAUGUCGGUUCUUAUAAGACCGUUUCUUAUCAUUAUAAUACCAAGAAAACUGAAAAUCAAACAAAUCCAGUGACAGAAAAAUCCGGAGUAAAAUUCAGGCAAAACAUCAACGAAUUAGAUACCCUAUUGGAUGAUCUGAACCACACUCAAAAAAUGGAAUUAUCUACCUCAAAUCACAGUAAUCGAUUGAAAGGAUACGAUUCAGGAUUCCUGGAACCAUUGGACAGCAGCACUCCUCAAAAAGGACACGUGUCACGUUUCGAAGAACGUACCUUCGAAGAACAAAAAUAUGGUUCGAACGGCGUCGCUCCUCCGGUCAGAAGUCACGAGGUGAAAAAAGAAGUCUUUUAUAAUGGCGAACCAAUUGAGAGAUACCACAAUAAAUAUUCGAAUAACGACUCGACGAAAGACUUACUUUACACGGGAGGUAGCCUUAGACACAGAGAACCCUCGCCAGGCAGACAAUUACAAGAAGUUUACCAUUACGAGACUAGAAGCUCUUCAACCAAAAAAAGCGCCGACCCUUCGCCUCAACGAUCGAUAUCGAGAAACUACAAUUACGAAUCAGAUGUAACCGAUAACGCCAUUUCUUAUCCUUACGACUACAAUAGAUCACCUUCCCCAGCCAGAUCGAUCCACAAUUACAGCAGUAACACCGUCAAAGAAAGCACAACUCAUAGAUCACCUUCGCCAGCCAGAUCGUACUAUUCGACAACUUCUACUGUGCGAAGCAACACCACUCCUCAACCGAUCACAAGGAAUUUAUACUCUUCAUCGAAAACCAUCCAGGAGACCAGCCGCCGAGAAACUCAGCGAUCCCCUUCGACCCCACCUCCCCAUCGUUCCCCUUCACCAGUAUCGUUCGCUCAGCCACCAGAUCCACCAUUGGAGACUUCGGUCAAAAGUUACAAUUUCGAACGUAAUAUUCGACCUCAGUCGCCGAAUUUGAAACAGAAAUUCAGCCCUUCUGAUCCUAGUCGCGAUGCUAUUCCUGGUCAUACGGUAAUUACGCGUAAUUACAAAUACUCCAGUCAGCAGACCCAGAGGUCGAAGUAUCCGCAGGAUGAUUACACGUAUAGGCCGGAGCCGACACCGGCUUAUACGUAUACGAGACCUUUCCCUUCACCUUCCCCGCCACCUGAAGUCAGAGAGCAAAGACCACCGAAACAUAUCGAUGAGUUGAUGGCUUCAUUUUCUGAUACUGAACACCGUCAAGAAGUUUUCAAUCGUUUCCAUACCACUCGUUCUUCGACCAAUCGAUGCCUCACACCAGGGCCCGAAAAAAUAGUACAAGUCAAAAAGCCUUCACCUCCAUCAACUCCGACUGACAAAGCCGAAACUCAAAAACUAACCGAAUACAGAAAAGAAAAAGUAAACGGAGUUGCUGGUCCUCCAGUGUACUAUCCUCCUGGACCAUUAUUCACGAAAAAAGAAGAAUCUGCUGCGAUGCACCAGUGUGAAGCAGGCGGAGGAAUGAAAGCUAGAAGGAAGGCCAAAUACGAGUACAAAAGUGGUAGCAAAAUGAGAGAAGACUCCGACGUGAAAAAGACAAUCGUGCCGAUGUGUUGUCCUGUCUGCUGCGCUUUGCCUUGCGCCAUUAUGUAAUUUUUCAAUUUUGAAGAUUUCCCUCCAGAAAUAUUUAAUUUUUUAUGUUUCAUCUUAUAAUCGAAAAUUCGAAAUUAGUACGUGAAGAGUAGUUGUGGAGCGAGGGAGGGAGGGAGGGAGGGAGAUAGGGAAGAUAUUGAAAAAAUGAAAGUACACAUAAUUAAAAUCAAAUUUCCAUGUUACCAAGAAAAUCUGCUAAUUUUUAUUCACUGCGAAAGAACAUUUUCUAGACCUACAUUUAUCUGUAUUUAUAUUUAUAUUGUACUUAAUUUGAACUUUAUAAAAAUACACCUUCGAGUAUUUAUUUAUUUUACGUUGAGAAAUUUUGUUUAUUUGAAAUUAAUUAUGUGAAUAAUUUUUAUUUAAUCAUUCAUCUAUUCAUUAAAAAAAAUUGUAACAAUACAAAUAAGAUUUUUUGUAACAUUGUAAUUGUUAUUCUGUUAAAAUAAAAAAUUUAAUUUUAA